UUCAUGCUCAGGCAGCAGCCUGGCUUCUCCUCCCUCCCUCGGCACGUGACGAGGGAUGCUCGCUCUCUCUCUCCCCCCCUUUCAAAGUAUCCGUGCAUGCUUCACCAAGCCGCUUCCGGGUGGGUGUGGGGCUUGCUGUUGUCCUGCCCCGAGGCGGCGGCGAGGAAGCGGGAGGAGGAGAGGAGGUUCCCGUCAACAUGGCGGCGCGCAGAGCGGGUGGCCGCCGCGGCAAUUCCAGCGGGAGUCGUGCUUGAGCCCGAGCCCCGAGGGACGCCAUGGAGAGCGAGGAGGAGCAGCACAUGACCACGCUGCUGUGCAUGGGCUUCUCGGACGCGGCCGCCAUCCGCAGGGCCCUCCGCCUGGCCAAGAAUGACAUCAACGAGGCUGUGGCGCUGCUCACCAACGAGCGGCCCGGCCUGCACUACGAGCCCAUGGACAGCGGAGGAGGCGGAGGCGGCCAGGGAGGGGGAAGUGGUGGCGGUAGCGGACUGGGAGGGCCCCAGCAAAGCAGCGGCUCUCGUGGUGGAGGAGACGGCGACGGCACCGGUGGUGGAGGCGGCGGCGGCAGCGUUGGUGGCGGCAGCAGCAGCAGCGGUUUCGACCCGCCCCCUGCUUACCAUGAGGUGGUGGAGAACGAGAAAAAUGAUGAAAAUGGGAAUUGCUCUGGAGAAGGCAUUGAGUUCCCUACAACCAACCUUUAUGAACUGGAGAGCAGAGUAUUAACGGAUCAUUGGUCUAUACCAUAUAAGCGAGAAGAGUCUCUUGGCAAGUGUCUAAUUGCAUCCACCUAUCUAGCAAGGCUUGGACUUUCUGAUUCCGAUGAAAACUGCAGGAGAUUUAUGGAUAGAUGUAUGCCUGAAGCUUUUAAAAAGCUGUUGACAUCAAGUGCUGUUCACAAAUGGGGAACUGAAAUCCAUGAGGGAAUCUACAACAUGUUGAUGCUACUGGUAGAUCUGGUUGCAGAGAGAGUAAAACAAGAUCCUAUUCCUGUUGGCCUUCUGGCUGUACUUACAAUGGCUCUUAAUCCUGAAAAUGAGUACCAUUUCAAAAACCGGAUGAAAGUGUGCCAAAGGAACUGGGCAGAAGUGUUUGGGGAAGGAAACAUGUAUGCUGUCUCAACCAUUUCUACUUUCCAGAAGGAACCACAUGGAUGGCUAGUGGACUUAGUGAACAGGUUUGCAGAAUUAGGUGGGUUUUCUGCAAUUCAGUCUAAGCUUCAUUCAGAAGAUAUUGAACUUGGGGCAGUAUCUUCAUUAGUUCAGCCUUUAGGGGUUUGUGCAGAGUAUCUCAACUCUUCAGUAGUACAGCCCAUGUUGGAUCCAGUAAUACAUAAUAUGAUUAAAUAUGUACAGAAUGUAGAAGAAAAGGAUCUAAAAGACAAGAGGCUAGUUAGUAUCCCUGAACUAUUGUCUGCCAUCAAGCUCCUUUGUAUGCGUUUCCAACCUGACUUGGUAACAGUAGUGGAUGAUCUGCGGUUAGACAUCCUGUUGCGUAUGUUGAAAUCACCACACUUCAGUGCAAAAAUGAAUUCUCUCAAAGAAGUAACAAAACUUAUUGAAGACAGCACUAUGUCCAAAUCGGUAAAGAAUGCAAUAGAUACAGAUCGAUUGUUAAACUGGCUAGUAGAAAACUCUGUCCUAUCAAUUGCAUUAGAAGGUAAUAUAGACCAAGCACAGUAUUGUGAUCGUAUAAAGGGAAUUAUUGAACUGCUAGGAAGCAAAUUAUCACUGGAUGAACUGACAAAAAUUUGGAGAAUACAGUCAGGACAACCAUCAACUGUGAUAGAGAACAUCCAUGCUAUUAUUGCAGCAGCUGCUGUGAAGUUCAGUUCAGAUCAGAUCAGUCAUCUCUUUGUCCUUAUUCAGAAGAGUUGGGAGUCUGAGAGUGAUAGAGUGAGACAGAAACUGUUAAGCUUAAUAGGACGCAUUGGUCGGGAAGCACGUGUAGAGACAACUACUGGAAAGGUUCUUGAGGUUCUCUGGGACUUGGCUCAUCUUCCAACAUUACCCUGCAGUUUGAUUCAACAGGCCUUGGAGGAGCAUUUGACAAUCCUUAGUGAUGCAUACGCAGUAAAGGAGGCAAUCAAAAGAAGCUACAUCAUCAAAUGCAUUGAAGAUAUUAAGAGGUCAUCUCAACAUAAUAAUCCUCAGUUUGUGUGGGUGGUGCCAGCUUUACGUCAGCUUCAUGAAAUCACACGCUCAUUUAUUAAGCAAACCUACCAAAAACAAGAUAAGAGCAUUAUUCAGGAUCUGAAGAAAAACUUUGAGAUAGUGAAGCUGGUGACAGGAAGCUUAAUAGCAUGUCACAGAUUGGCUGCAUCAGUGGCAGGUCCUGGAGGCCUUUCUGGAACAACAUUUGUGGAUGGCCGAUACACAUAUCGGGAGUACUUAGAAGCACACCUGAAAUUUCUGGCAUUCUUCCUCCAAGAAGCCACACUCUACUUAGGCUGGAAUCGUGCUCGGGAAAUCUGGGAAUGUCUUGUAACAGGCCAAGAUGUCUGUGAGUUGGAUCGAGAGAUGUGUUUUGAAUGGUUUACAAAAGGGCAGCAUGAUCUUGAGAGUGAUGUGCAGCAGCAGCUUUUUAAAGAAAAAAUUCUUAAAUUGGAGUCCUAUGAGAUUACUAUGAAUGGUUUUGGUUUGUUUAAGACCUUUUUUGAAAAUGUGAACCUUUGUGAUCAUCGAUUGAAAAGACAAGGAACCCAACUGCACGUAGAAAAACUAGAACUAAUAGGAAUGGAUUUUAUUUGGAAAAUUGCGAUGGAAUCACCUGAUGAAGAAAUAGCUAAUGAAGCCAUUCAGCUGAUCAUAAACUAUAGUUACAUUAAUCUAAAUCCUAGACUGAAAAAGGAUUCUGUGUCACUUCAUAAGAAGUUCAUUGCUGAUUGUUACACAAGAUUAGAAGCAGCCAGUUCAGCACUUGGUGGUCCAACACUGACACAUGCUGUUACUAGAGCUACUAAAAUGCUAACAGCAACUGCCAUGCCCACUGUGGCUACAUCAGUACAGUCCCCUUACAGGUCAACGAAACUUGUAAUCAUUGAGAGACUGCUACUCUUGGCGGAACGCUACGUCAUCACUAUAGAGGACCUUUACUCGGUUCCUCGUACUAUUCUACCUCAUGGUGCCUCCUUUCAUGGACAUAUUUUAACACUUAAUAUUACUUAUGAGUCUACCAAAGAUACCUUUACAGUAGAGGCUCAUAGCAAUGAAACCAUAGGAAGCGUCAGGUGGAAGAUAGCAAAACUGUUAAAUGCUCCUGUGGACAACAUACAGAUAUUUGCCAAUGACAGUUUGUUGACAGUGAAUAAAGAUCAAAAGCUACUACACCAAUUAGGCUUCUCUGAUGAACAAGCACUUACUGUAAAGACAUCGGGAAGUGGAACCCCAUCAGCAAGCUCUGCCGAUUCCUCCACUAGUUCCAGUAAUAGCAGUAGUGUCUUCAGUUCUUCAUAUGCAAUGGAACAGGAAAAAUCCCUCCCUGGAGUGGUAAUGGCUCUGGUGUGUAAUGUAUUUGACAUGCUUUACCAGCUUGCUAACCUAGAGGAGCCAAGGAUAACUUUGAGAGUACGGAGGCUUCUUUUGUUGAUUCCUACUGACCCAGCUAUUCAGGAAGCUCUUGAUCAGCUGGAUUCUCUAGGACGAAAGAAAACGUUACUGUCUGAAGCAAAUUCUCAGUCUUCAAAAUCCCCAUCUCUGUCUACAAAGCAUCAACACCAACCUAGUGCUAGUUCAAUACUUGAAAGCCUUUUCAGGUCUUUUGCUCCAGGAAUGUCUACAUUUAGAGUGCUUUACAAUCUUGAGGUCCUGAGUUCCAAGCUAAUGCCUACAGCAGAUGAUGAAAUGGCAAGAAAUUGUGCCAGAUCUUUUUGUGAAAAUUUCCUCCGAGCGGGUGGUUUGAGUUUGGUGGUGAAUGUCAUGCAGAGAGAUUCUAUCCCAUCAGAAGUGGACUAUGAAACAAGGCAGGGCGUUUAUUCAAUCUGCCUGCAACUGGCAAGGUUUUUGCUUGUUGGACAAACAAUGCCAACCUUACUUGAUGAAGAUCUUGUUAAAUAUGGGGUGGAAACACUCUCUUCACGUCCAUUCCGUAAUGUAAGUCGACAAACUACCAGGCAGAUUUCAAUUUGUGGAACUCCAGAGAAGUCUUCCUAUCGGCAGCUAUCUGUUUCAGACAGGUCCUCCAUCAGAGUCGAGGAGAUAAUUCCUGCCGCACGGGUUGCAAUACAGACAAUGGAAGCAAAUGACUUCACUUCAACAGUUGCUUGCUUCAUGCGGCUUUCAUGGGCUGCUGCUGCAGGACGGCUUGACCUGGUGGGGAGCAGCCAGCCAAUAAAAGAGAAUAACAUGCUCUUUCCUGCUGGGAUUCGCAAUCGGCUUAGCAGCUCAGGAAGCAACUGCAGUUCAGGAAGUGAAGGAGAGCCUACAACUCUGCAUGCUGGGAUCUGUGUAAGGCAGCAUUCUGUGUCCACCAAAGAUGCACUGAUUGCUGGAGAAGCUUUGUCUCUCUUAGUUACAUGCCUACAGCUCCGCAGCCAGCAGCUAGGAUCUUUCUACAACCUCCCUUGUGUUGCUGACUUUAUCAUAGACAUUCUCCUUGGUUCACCAAGUGCUGAGAUUCGUCGUGUUGCCUGUGAUCAAUUAUAUACCCUCAGUCAGACAGAUACGUCAGCACACCCAGAUGUUCAGAAACCAAACCAAUUUCUUUUGAGUGUCAUCCUUACUGCUCAGCUGCCCCUUUGGUCUCCUACUAGCAUCAUGAGAGGAGUCAACCAGAGACUCUUAUCCCAAUGUACAGAAUAUUUUGACCUCAGAUGCCAAUUGCUGGAUGAUCUUACAUCUUCAGAAAUGGAACAGCUGAAAAUCAGCCCAGCUGCCAUGCUAGAGGAUGAGAUCACGUGGCUGGAUAACUUUGAACCCACCCGUGCAGCCGAGUGUGAAACCAGUGAAGCGGACAAUGUUUUGCUGGCAGGACAUUUGAGGCUUAUUAAGAUUCUCCUCUCACUGUGUGGGACAGAGAAGGAAUUGCUAGGUUCAUCUCUGAUCAAACCAUUGUUAGAUGAUUUCCUUUUCCGUGCAUCUCGAAUUAUCCUGAACAGCCAUUCUCCAGCUGGGAGUGUUGCUGUUACUCAGCAAGAUUUCCACCCAAAAUGCAGCACAGUGAACAGCCGAUUAGCAGCAUAUGAAGUGCUGGUAAUGCUGGCUGAUAGUUCACCUUCCAAUCUUCAGCUUAUUACAAAAGAACUGCUUUCUAUGCAUCACCAGCUUGAUCCAGCUCUUUCCAAGGAUUUUGAUUAUCUCCCACCUGUAGAUGGUCGGUCCAUUUCAGGAUUUGUGGGGCUAAAGAAUGGUGGAGCUACAUGUUACAUGAAUGCAGUCUUCCAACAGAUUUAUAUGCAGCCAGGACUUCCUGAGGCAUUGCUUUCAAUUGAUGAUGACAUGGAUAAUCCCGAUGACAGCGUGUUCUAUCAGGUUCAGUCUCUCUUUGGUCAUCUGAUGGAAAGCAAACUGCAGUAUUACAUACCUGAAAACUUCUGGAAGAUCUUCAAGAUGUGGAACAAGGAGCUUUACGUACGUGAGCAACAAGAUGCUUAUGAGUUCUUCACCAGUCUUAUAGAUCAGCUGGAUGAAUAUCUCAAGAAAAUAGGACGAGACCAAAUAUUUAAGAACACUUUUCAGGGCAUCUACUCUGAUCAGAAGAUCUGCAAGGAUUGUCCUCAUAGGUAUGAACGGGAGGAAGCCUUUGUGGCUCUCAAUCUAGGAGUCACUUCAUGUCAAAGCCUGGAAAUUUCACUAGAUCAGUUUGUUAGAGGAGAAAUUCUGGAAGGAAGUAAUGCUUACUACUGUGAGAAGUGUAAAGAAAAGAGAACUACAGUAAAGCGGACAUGCAUUAAAGCUCUGCCCAGCGUGCUGGUGAUCCACCUUAUGAGAUUUGGAUUUGACUGGGAAAGUGGACGUUCCAUUAAAUAUGAUGAACAGAUAAAGUUCCCCUGGAUGCUGAACAUGGAGCCCUAUACAGUUUCAGGAAUGGCUCGCCAAGAUUCUUCUUCAGAAGUGGGUGACAAUGGAAGAAGUGUAGAUCAAGGAGGUUCAGGCUCUCCACGGAAGAAAGUUGCCCCUACUGAAAACUAUGAACUGGUUGGCGUGAUUGUGCACAGUGGUCAGGCCCACGCAGGGCACUACUAUUCCUUUAUCAAGGAUAGGAGGGGAUCCGGGAAAGGAAAAUGGUACAAAUUUAAUGACACGGUUGUUGAAGAAUUUGAGUUGAAUGAUGAAACUUUGGAGUAUGAAUGUUUUGGUGGAGAGUAUAGACCAAAGGUUUAUGAUCAGUCCAACCCGUAUCCUGAUGUCCGCCGUCGGUACUGGAAUGCCUAUAUGCUCUUCUAUCAGAGAGUCUCUGAUCAGAACUCUCCAGUCUUGCCAAAGAAAAGCCGAGUCAGUGUCGUGCGUCAGGAAGCUGAGGAAUUGUCCUUAUCUGCUCCAUCUUCACCAGAAAUCUCACCACAGUCAUCACCACGGCCCCAUAGACCCAGUAGUGACCGUCUGUCCAUCUUGACCAAGCUCAUCAAAAAGGGGGAGAAAAAAGGCUUAUUUGUAGAGAAAAUGCCUGUUCGGAUAUACCAGAUGGUGAGGGAUGAAAAUCUGAAGUUUAUGAAGAAUAGAGAUGUCUACAGCAGUGACUACUUCAGUUUUGUUCUCUCAUUAGCAUCAUUAAAUGCUACAAAGUUGAAGCACCCCCAUUAUCCAGCUAUGGCAAGAGUGAGUUUACAACUAGCAGUCCAGUUUCUCUUCCAAACAUAUCUACGAACCAAGAAAAAACUCAGGGUUGACACAGAAGAAUGGAUUGCAACCAUUGAUGCUUUGGUUUCUAAAAGUUUUGAUGCUUGUCAAUGGUUGGUUGAAUAUUUGGUUGGAGCAGAAGGGCGAGAGCUUAUAAAGACUUUUCUGUUGGAAUGCAGUGUAAGAGAGGUGCGAGUUGCUGUAGCCACCAUUCUUGAAAAAACUCUAGACAGUGCCUUGUUUUAUCAGGAUAAGUUGAAAAGUCUGCAUCAUUUAGUAGAAGUGUUGCUUGGUCUGUUGGACAAAGAUGUCCCAGAGAACUGUAAAAACUGUGCACAGUACUUCUUCUUGUUCAAUACUUUUGUACAAAAGCAGGGUAUAAGAGCUUGUGAUCUCCUUCUCAGGCAUUCUGCCUUGAGGCAUAUGAUCAACUUCCUUCUUGGACCCAACCGGCAGAAUAACCAGAAUCGUAGAUGGAGUUCAGCACAAGCACGCGAAUUUGGAUUUCUGCAUAAUACUGUGGCACUGCUGGUUUUGCACUCAGAUGUCUCCUCACAAAGGAAUGUGGCUCCUGGCUUGUUUGUUUCACGUUCAUCUCUUAGCACUACCACCACAGGGCCACUUCUGGCCCUCCAUGAAGAAGUAGAAGCCUUGCUGUUCCUGUCUGAGGGGAAACCUUUUUUAAUGGAGGUGAUGCAUGCCUUGAGGGAAUUAACUGGGUCCCUGUUGAUCCUCAUUGAGAUGGUGGUCUACUGCUGCUUUUGUAAUGAACACUUUUCUUUUACCAUGCUACAUUUCAUCAAGAAUCAGCUGGAGACUGCUCCACCCCAUGAACUGAAAAACACCUUCCAACUUCUUCAUGAGAUAUUGGUCAUUGAAGAUCCUUUACAAAUAGAGCGGGUUAAAUUUGCAUUUGAGACAGAAAAUGGAUUGCUAGCUCUGAUGCACCAUAGUAACCAUGUGGAUAGCAGUCGCUGCUAUCAGUGUGUCAAAUUCUUAGUUACUCUUGCUCAAAAGUGCUCUGCUGCUAAAGAUUAUUUCAAGGAGAAUUCACAUCAUUGGAGUUGGGCUGUACAGUGGCUUCAGAUAAAGAUGUCUGAACAUUAUUGGGCUCCACAAAGUAAUGUAUCCAAUGAAACCUCAACUGCCAAAACUUUUCAGCGCACUAUUUCUGCACAGGACACAUUGGCAUAUGCCACAGCCUUGCUGAAUGAGAAAGAUCAGUCAGGAAGCAGUAAUGGAUCUGAAAGCAGUCCCGCCAAUGAGAAUGGAGGCAGACAUUUACAACAGGGCUCGGUGUCUCCCAUGAUGAUUGGUGAACCUAAAAGUGACCUUGAUGAUGUGGACUCAUAGUGAUGAAUCUGAAGUGAAGACUGAAAGAAUCGGUGGCCAUGCUACUUCCUAAACAGUUAAAGUAUUCUUCAGCUGAGAAGUUUAAGUUAGAAGGCUGUGAAGGACUCCCAGCAUCCUCAGUGGUUCUUGUGGGAUGCUAGUCCAGGCAUGAGUUUGGGGGAAAAAUCUGUCAGAGAUUUUACUGAUUUGAGGGGGAGGGAAAAUCCAGUGGUUGAAAUUUUUAUUAUGUGAACCUUUAAUGAAUGAAUGUAAAACUAUUGCUUUUCUGUGAUGCUGCAAAAAAGUUUGGUUUUUAUACAGAAGAACAAAAAUCAGACUGCCUUUAUGUAUUGAGGGCAAAUUUUUAACCUUUCUGGAAAUAUUGAAUAGGAGUAUUCAAAAUUAUGUAAAAAUGUGUGAUGACUUACACUUGGCAUUGUAAAAUAUUAGUUAAGAAUCAGUUUACACAAGGACCUUUGUAUUUAAUAUGUCUCCCAGGUAAUUUGUACAGUGCUUUACAGAAAGGGUUUGUUAAGAGAACUCUUUUGUGUAAGGAUGGUUAUUCCUUAUGGAAUGGUUUUGGUACAAGGAAGUCUGGAAUUGGUGACUUUUUCCCCCCGAUGUCAUAAGUAAAUUGGUGAGAGCAAUAAAAAAGCUUUGUUUAUUCCAAGAAUACACUUAUGUAUUGUGGCAUCAAUGAAUCUCUAAAAAAUGUUGAGUAAGUUUAACAGAAAAGCACUUUAAGACAGAAUUUUAUUGCUGUUUGCCUCCUUAAAUCAUCAUUCUAACACUUGGAGACAUAUUGAAUAAAUUGUAGUCUUACUGAUGUGAUCUGCAAUCAUUUGCUUAUGCUUUUGAAAUGGAGAGAGUUGGAAUUGGCUGUAUAUGAUUUCUUGAGUGAGGUGAGGACAUGUGAUUUUUUUUUUUUAAUUAACACAGCAAAGGAUAGCUGGCUUUGUUUUGUUUGACAAGACGGCAUUUAGAAUAUGACAGGUUUAUUUACUCCUUAAUGACUGGAAACUAAUUGAACUACAUGGGUAUGAUUUUGUUCUCCCAUGUGAGAUGCAGCUAUGUGAUCUCUUUAGCAGCUCUGGAUAUUUGCUUUUUCUGUGCCAAUUUUGAGUUUCAUCUUUAGUUUAACUCUUUUUGCCUUUUGUUCAUGAAUUUUGCCUUAAUUUUAAACAAAAUGCACCGUGCACAUGAAUUAAGGGGAAAUUGUAGAGUGCCUGGGUUACCUGCAUUGUGGAAAGAUUUGCUAAGUCAAAGGCACAACCAGCCAAAAAGUGCCUCUUUUUUUCUUUUCACUUUUAUGUACUGUUGCAAAACCUGAUGACAUCCAGCUUUCUUCACUCUUGUGCACUACUAGUGAGUAUAAGAAGUCAUUUCACUAUUGAAACAGCCAUACAUCUUUCAGCUGGAAUUCUCUGCCACAUGCACAAGUCAAAGGGAGUCAUAUUGAUAACACUGCAUGUGCAAGACAAGUGACAUUUCUGUUGACUUCCUUCCCUCAACAGUGUCUUCAUUGAAGUGUGGCAGAAUUUGGAUAUUUUAUUAAAAGCCCCCAAAUUUUAAAUGUGAUGUUUUAAAUUUGAACACUUUGGGGUGCCCUAUCCCAUCCUUGAUUGCUUCAGUUGAUCUUAACUUUUUCAAAGUAUACAGAGGGGAAAUAUCACUCUUGUUUAGUCCAAAGCAACUUAAUUCAAGUUUCCAUUAUUUCCUAUGGAAAAUAUACUAGUCUUUUACCAGAGGCUGAAACAGAGCAUUGCUUGCAAAAUUACAAGAUGGUCUGUUUUAGCAUCAUACAUUCUAAAACCAUUGCAGGCUGUUUCCCAGUCUUCUUCCUGCUUGUACAAAGUUGGCGGUUAUAGUUUUCAAGUAUGAUACUUGGUCAGUUAUUUGGUUUCCAGAUGCUGUCACUUGAACAUGCUGAAGAAUAUUUUUUUUAAAGAAAUUAAUUCAACAAAUCUAGUUUGCUGUGUAAUUUGUGACAUGUUUCUAUGUUGUGAUCACUUUUACUGCCAAUCUUUUUGGAUGAAAAAUGGCUUUUAUACAUAUUAACAGAAUGUUCUGUAGGGGUUGGGGCAGUCACAGUUUAACUGUAUGCUCUUGUGUAUGGAUUUGUCCAACUAAUUCCUAAUGCACUUGAUACUGGAAAAGAAAAGGCAGUUCUCAUGGGAAAAUCCUGGUCAAUGGAAUAAAGUUUAUUCCUCUCACCAAAA